CAUACUAAAAACCUUAAAGGUCAGCUAUAUACGAUUAUCAAUACGUAGGCGAGAUUUAGUCAAAAAAAUUCGAAUUAAACUAGAAACCCAUUUACUUCAUUCGUUUGCUUCUUCGUUUUUGUGAUAUUUUUUCACAUUUUCUAAAGAAUGUAAGCCAAGUAAUUAAGCAAGUGUGCGUUUAUGUGUAUGCAUGAAUAACCAACCAACCAAUCAACCAACCAACGAACAAGCCAGACAACCAGCCAAAUAUCAGUCAGUGAAGUGUCAAUUGUUUUGAUCAGUAUUUGCAAUGAGCGUUUUUAGUUGAUUUUCAAGUCACUGUGUACGCGGUCAUAUAAGACCGGUUGUGAUGGGAGUUCGCUUUUUAUAGUUUUUCUUUUCUUUUUUUUUUCUAAAACAAAAAAAUUCAAAAUUCAUUUUAUGCGAAUUUAAUCUGUUCAAUGAAAUGAAAUUGGAAGCUUCGUCGGAAAAUUGGUCACUGCCAGGAAUUUGGCUGCGCAAAGUAUUUAAAUCGAUUCCUCCUAACCUUAUGGUCAGAUGGCGUAAUAAUACGGAUGCUAUGAUUGAAGCCCAAUAUCCGACACCCGGUGAAUUUGAGUAUAUGGAAUGUGGACCAUCGCCACCGGCUGAAAGUGCGCCCAGUAUGUAUGAUAGCUUCGAAGAACCCACUAGUGAAUUAAGCGUGCAAAUCUGCAAUGACACUUUGCGAAUCAGCCUUAUCGAUCAAAUGAAAAACGCCGCUGGCCGUAUACGCUAUUUUGAGGAUAUCGAGCAGGGUAAUGUUAUAGCGGAAAGUACAAAAACUCAUUUCGAGUCAUCAUCGAAAAUUGAAAAGAAUUUAUGUUUUCUUUGGUCCGCAUUUCUGAAAAGAUGGGAUUUAUUGCAAAGCUUUUUAGAUAUCGGAGCCGAAUUAAAUUUUUACGAUCAAAAUGGCAUAACAGCCCUGCAUUUAGGAGCAUUCAGCAAUUGCUUAUCUACACUAAGCUGCUUAGUGGGUAAGGGUAUGAAUGUAAAUUUCCAACCGAAAUGCUAUACGCCGCUGCAUUGUGCGGCUUUUGGGAAUUCAGCGGAAGCUGCGAAAUUUUUAAUCAAUAAUGGAGCGCACACAAGCAUAGAUACAAAUAAGCCAAAUUGCGAGGAAAGUUUAUUGCAUUGUGCGGUAAGAGCCAAUGCUUUAGAAUGUCUACAGAUUUUUAUUGAUGAAGGAGCUGAUGUUAAUUCUUUAAAACCGAACGGGACCAAUGCUAUACACUUAUCAGCCGAUUUGGGUAAUGCUCAAUGCUUGGAAGCUUUAUUAAAAGCGCCAGGGGCCGAUCCUAAUGUUCGAAUUUGUAUACGAGAAAAAGAAUCAACGGCUUUGCAUUUGGCGGCAGAUGAAGGCAAUGUUGAAUGCGUUAACUUGCUAUUAGUUAAGGGAGCAGAUGCGAAAUUGAAAAAUCAUCGAGGAUUUACCGCCCUACAUUUAGCAGCUAGAACAUCGAGUUUAGAAUGUGUAGAAUCGUUAUUACGGAACGGCAAUGCAGAUCCCAAUGCCGAGGACUUCGAUCAUCGCACACCGCUGCAUGCCGCGAUUGGUAAAUCGGAAAACGCUUUCGACAUUCUAGAGACUCUAAUACAGUGGGGUGCGAACGUCAACCAUAAGGAUAUUUACGGUUUUACCGCUCUACAUUUAGCCGCCUUAGAUGGGUUAGCGCAAUGCGUUGAAAUGCUGAUCUAUCAUGGGGCCGAUGUAACGACUAAAUCAAAAAAAGGUACUUCGGCUUUGAAUGUGAUUACCCGUAAAACUCCCGCUUCGGUAGCCAUGAUACGUCAGAAAUUGGAUGCCGCCAUCACACUACAUCAUUCACAAGAUCCCGUGAAUAGAGAGGUAGAAUUAGAGUUAGACUUUCGCCAAUUGCUGCAGCAUUGUCAUCCCAGAGAGAUAAGCUAUUUAAAUACUUUCGUGGAUGAAGGUCAAAAGGAAAUACUCGAACAUCCAUUAUGCUCCUCAUUUCUAUAUAUAAAAUGGGGCAAGAUCCGUAAAUAUUAUAUAGGGCGUCUGAUAUUCUGCUUCACAUUUGUACUAUUCCUGACAUUGUAUGUACUCACUGCCUUAGCUCAUAAUUGCUAUAACGGCAGUAAAGAUGAUAACACCACAAUACAGGCUCAGGAAUUAUGCCAAAAGCAAUCGAUCUUAGGUGAUAUGUUGCGUAAUAAUCCAUUUGUUAUGGAGAUGCAAUGGUGGGUCCUUGUCGCCAUAACAAUAGUAGAAAUAUUUCGGAAACUGUACGGUAUCACGGGCUAUUCAUCAUUUAAACACUAUGUCACUCAAGUGGAGAACAUAAUGGAAUGGUUUGUGAUCACAAGCGUUUUUGUAAUAUCGUAUAUAUACACCAAGCAAACGUAUACAUUUCAAAAUCAUAUAGGAGCAUUUGCGGUACUAUUGGGUUGGACUAAUCUUAUGCUAAUGAUUGGACAACUGCCGGUAUUCGAUGUCUACGUAGCGAUGUAUACGCGCGUGCAAGGGGAGUUCGCAAAACUCUUUAUGGCCUAUUCAUGCAUGCUUAUAGGUUUCACAAUAAGUUUUUGCGUAAUCUUCCCAUCAUCUUCCUCAUUUGCUAAUCCAUUUAUGGGCUUCAUUUCAGUUUUAGUUAUGAUGAUAGGGGAGCAGGAUCUAUCGUUACUCAUAAAUGAUCCAGAUGGCAAAGAUCCACCUUUCCUGCUCGAAGUCAGUGCCCAGAUAACAUUUGUAUUAUUUUUAUUAUUUGUUACAAUUAUACUAAUGAAUCUCCUGGUAGGCAUAGCUGUGCAUGAUAUACAGGGGCUUAAGAAAACCGCAGGUCUUUCCAAAUUGGUAAGACAAACCAAACUAAUUUCAUAUAUAGAAUCGGCCCUCUUUAAUGGCUAUCUACCGACAUGGUUAAGAAAUUUACUGCACUAUACUGCUUUAGUAUCACCUCAAGCUUAUCGGGUAGUGCUAUGUGUAAAACCCUUAAAUCCAAGUGAGAAACGCCUGCCACGCGAUAUCUUAAUGAAAGCCUACGAAGUGGGAAAAAUGCGUAAACAUUUCGGUCAUACAAUAUCGGCCAAAAAUUCCGCUACUUAUUUGUCGUACAAAAAUAAAUACAAUAAUGAUAGUAAUCAAACGCCGACGACACCAUACGCUACGGAAGAUCUGGAGGCAACACUAAUCGGUAGCCUAACAACAAAAAUUGAUGAUAAUACCGAUCGUAUUGAGUAUUUAACACAAGAAAUACAAGAGCUCAGGCAGGCGUUAAUAACGCAACAACAACAGGCAAGCAAAGUUAUCGAUAAAUUAUUGAUAGUGAUAUCGAAUCAACAAAAAAAUAAUCUAAGAAGAUGAGAGAGAGAGAGAUAGAGAGAGAGAGAGUGUGUAUGUAAGUG